AUGGCUCAUUUUCACGUUGGUUUGCAGCUCGAAGGUCGAACGUGGACAAAUUCGUGUCACUACGUGAUGUGGUUUGUACUAAACGCUACUUCCGGUUUUAUCGGCAAAAAUAUGCUUACAGAUUUUGUGCCCUGUCUACGCCUGUUCGACAUCCUGUUUCCGGAUGCGGAAGAUCCUGACAAAGCGUUGGAGUUGCAAUUGCCCGGCUCUCGCAAGCGACCAGAUAAACGUGUUGCAGAAAGCACGACAGAAGGGGACAUAUCGAACGGCCGCGCUGAGGAUAGAUUUACUCACACGCCGGGCACGGAUUCGACAACGUUUGAGGUAACCGGUCGGUUGGGUGAUCAGGACAAGCUGAUGUCCGGUGGUGAUGAUGUUGGCGGUGUCGUUGGUUCCACGGAAGAAGUGUUCGAUCAGGAAGCGGAUCAGGAUGAAUACAUUGAUAGCACGUCAGCCGAGGAAUCGGAAGACGAAUUUUCCCUAGAUAUUCUCCCACCAUCACCGCAUCGGUCCACGCGUGGUCGUAAACGUCAGAGUCGUCUGAUGCAUUUGGCAAGUGCUCCUGUCUGUUUGUGGCAACAUGUACUGCGUAAGAGCCGGCAAAGCCACGAUCACUUACCGCGCGUCAUGCCUCCGGCUCUUAGACCGUUCGAGACGCGCAUUUCCCAUCGAAUGCGUGCUUUGAUCGAUUCCGUAUCCAAUUUGGAUAGUAACGGACCGAUGCUGAGUUCAACCUCUCAACUGACUUGGAAACAGUUGUUUGUCAUACUCAACGCAUAUAGCACAGAUACGGAAGUCAGUCCACUCAUCCAGCGCCUUGUCGACAUGUUCUGGUUUGCUGAACGAGAUGACUCGACCGCAUCCACUUGUCCGUAUGCGCGACUAUGGCCCAAGUUGCUCAAUAACGGUCUCGUUCCUUUACCUUAUGGGCUUGUUGCCCGGGGACGUCUACAACCCCUGCCUCAUCAUUUGAUCCGCACGAUUGUGCUGCAUUUACUGCUUCAGAAGUUCGCACAUUUGCAACAAACCGAUCAGCUGACAACACCGGCCGUGGCCGAAACAAUGUGUCGCAUACUGGCAUGCCGGGAGGUCGAGCCGAACAAUGUGAAUCGCAUUCUGACUCUGCUACCCAAACUGCAACCAGUGUGGUCCGCUGGUGAACCUGAUAAUCCGACCACACAGUCAUCCGCUCAGUCAACCGAAUCCAAUGCAAAUUCAACUUCCGCAGUCAAUUCCGGUUCAGCGUUGGCAACUUGUAAUGUACUGGCCACAUUGUUAGAUAUUAUUGGACAUCGUUUAGCCGAUACGCUUCUACCCGAGGUUCGGUUGCAAACCCUGAUUUCACUGGUCAAUUUGUUGCGAGUCUGGUCCGCUUGGUCUGCCAUCAGUGUGGUGCAAACAUCCACAGACGAUGGGAAUUUAGGACGUGACGGAAAGUUCGCACGUAGUCCGUUCGAAGUGCCAAUGGAGUUGUUUUACAACCUGGAAUGGAUCAUUUGCAAGCUGAGUCGCAGCAUCCAGGCUCCGGACUGUGUGAUUUACGGUCUGUGUUUGGCCAUCUCCCCAGCGUUGCUUGCUCAGGCCUCCCAAUCUGCCUCAUCGUUCUUGGGUGGCGGUGCAGCCCUCGGAACCGGAUCGGUGCUCGGUGCAACCGGCACGGGACCACAGUCUGUUCAGUGUGCACCGCGAAACGUUUCCGGCGCAGCUGCUCGGUCGGCAGCAGCAGCCGGUGGAACACAUCAAUCUUGUACAAAUCCAAUGGGAUCUGACAUGGGUUCUGCCGGUGUCGCCAUGGCCGAUAUGUCAGGUGCCACGGGGACUGGGGUUCCCGGUGGAGGCACAGUUCCUGGCUAUCCGUUUCUCAUGACGGAUAAUCUGGAACUGAAUCGAUUCAUCUUGUUCAGUUUAUUACAAGUGUAUUAUGUAUACGCCGAAGCCGAGUCCGAGCUUACGGCACAUUUGCACUCGAGUCCUUUACAGAAAGUUUUGUUUAUCACGGUUACCCUCUCUCUCUCUCCUUUUCCACGUAACUUUGUCCUAUGUUUAAUCACUGAACCAACCCUGUUGCCGUGCGAGUAUAGCGGCAUCGAUUUGCUCUCAUUGAGCAAACUGUCUGAUCUAAAGUAUGCAGACGACAUUGUACUGAUAAGUGAAGAUCCAGGUAAGUUGCAAGCUUUUCUGGAUAGUUUGAGUGCCAGUGUCGCCAUGUUCGAGUGUGCUGCGGCAGUUCGGCCAGUUCUACUAAACGUGGCGCAGAGAAUAAGUUAA